AAAAUUGCAAGCAGCAGAAUAAAAGAGACCGUCGCCAGGAAGGCGUACUGCGUAUUGGAUUUGGCAACCCGCGUAUCUUGGCAAGUACUGCAUAUUUGGGUCCAUUGAUGCAUUUAUCCCACCACACGUGAUCGCCAGGGGAAACAACACCAACAUUUACCUGCCAGGUACCAAAAAAAGAAAAGAAAAAAAAAGACAUGGCCGCCGUCACCCAAAAGCUGGCCGGCAAGCUCGCCGUCAUCACCGGCGGCGGCUCCGGCAUCGGCCGCGCCGUCGCCAAGCGCUUCGCCGCCGACGGCGCCAGCUGCGUCCUCGUCGGGAGGAGUUCCAUCAAGCUCCGCGAGACCGUUCUGGCUCUCGAGCGGCCCGCCGACCACUCCAUCUGCACCGGCGACGUCACCAAGCCCGAGCUGUGGGACAAGCUGGCCCUCCACUUUAGAGACAUGGCAAUACUGGUCAACGCGGCCGGCAUCUCGCAAAACAGGCUCAUCAUCAGGUUGCAGCCCGAGACCAUAGACGCCGUCAUCGACACGAACCUCAAGGGCACCAUCCUGGGCUGCAAGGCUGCCGCCACCGCCAUGAUCAAGUACAAGAAGGGCUGCAUCAUCAACGUGUCCAGCAUUCUCGGCGUCCAGGGCGGCCGUGGAGCGUCAGCUUAUGCCGCUUCCAAGGCCGGCGUUCUCGGCCUCACACGAUCCCUCGCUGCCGAGCUUGGCGGCGCCAACAUCCGUGUCAACGCCAUCAUACCAGGCUUUGUGAGCGGCACGGGAAUGACACCAGAAAUCGGCGAUAAAGUCAACUCCAUCCCACUCCGUCGCAUGGGGACGCCAGAGGAAAUCGCAGACGCCGCUGCCUUUCUCGCCACCAACGAGUACGCGAGCAAUUGUAUGCUCAACAUCGACGGUGGCUACAGCGCCGUGUAGGGUCGAGUCGGGUAAUGCAUAAAAAUAAGAGAAGGACGCCCGACACGAGAGAGAGAGAGGCCGCGAGGCCGCGCUCAAGGUUCGGAUAGGUCAGUCAAGCACGAUGAUCCCCGCUGCUGUGGCUUUGUCGGGGGUGUCGUCGAUGAGGAUUUCGUCCCCGCCAGUCUUGGCCUUCUUCGGAUCUCGAGAAUCGGUGUCAUCCUCGUGAGGGCGUUUGAUGCCCUGAGAAGUCGGCGAGGCCCCGGAGACAUCUUGUUUGGUCGUACCAUUGGACAUGGCCACUCCAUUCGUCUCGGGUUCAGGCGACUUCUUCGGCUUCUUGGGGAUUUCUGGCUUCUUGUCGAGCCAGAGACCCUGAACGGGCUUCCCGCCUUCAGGCGCGCUGUGAUAAUCAAAGGGAAUGGUUAGAAUAGGAUUGGGUUUCACGGCAAAGAAAGAAAAAACACUUACCCUUCUUGAAUGCUGAUGACAACAUUGACGAACGG